AUGACGGUGAUACCGUUCAUCAACGAGGACGUGGCGGCGGUCGCCAAGCGCGCGAACGACCGCAUUCGCAAUCCGAAGGCGCAGCGCGCGAUCGUGCUCGUCAUCGUCUGCAUCGCUCUGCUGCUCGACAACAUGCUCUACAUGGUCAUCGUCCCCAUUAUCCCCGAGUACCUGCGCAGCAUUGGCGCGUGGACCGAGAUCGUGGCGCCGGUGUCGUGGACCGUGGACGCUAACGGAACCAACGUGACGAUGCCGCCGGGAGUGACGCGAUACGAGGGCGAGUCGGUGGCGGUGGGCAUGCUGUUCGCGUCGAAGGCGUUGAUUCAGUUGUUCAUUUCGCCGUGCGCCGGCUACGUCAUCGACCGGAUCGGCUACGAUCUGCCAAUGAUGUUCGGACUGACGGUGAUGUUCCUGUCGACGGCGAUCUUCGCGUUCGGGAAGAGUUACGGCGUGCUGUUCUUUGCGAGGAGUCUCCAGGGGGUCGGGUCCGGGUUUGCUGAUACGGGAGGGCUGGCGAUGAUCGCUGACCGCUAUACGGAGGAAGUGGAGCGAACGCGCGCGCUCGGACUGGCGCUGGCCUGCAUCUCCUUCGGGAGUCUCGUGGCGCCACCUUUCGGCGGGAUUCUGUACGAGUUCGCCGGAAAGAAGGUGCCCUUUCUCAUUCUCUCCACGACGGCUCUCCUAGACGGCUUCCUCCUCCUACUCGUCAUGCGUCCGGUCAAGCAGGCGGAGCUUCUGGAGAGACUCGACAAAGGAGCGCCCGACCGUCCCGCCGUCACUCCAAUAUGGCGGCUCAUCACCGACCCCUACAUUGCGCUGUGUGCUGGCGCCCUCUGCAUGUCGAACGUCCCGCUCGCGUUCCUCGAGCCGACGAUUGCGCUCUGGAUGGAAGCGACGAUGACGGAUGUUAACGAGUGGCAGAUCGGCAUGGUAUGGCUGCCGGCGUUCGUCCCCUACAUCUGCAGCGUCUACCUGACGGUCUACCUCGCCAGACGCUAUCCGCAGUACCAGUGGAUCAUAGCCAUCGUGGGGCUGGCCAUGGAGGGCGUGAUGUCUUUCUUCAUUCCUCUCUGCGCGACCUUCUCCCUUCUCAUGAUCCCCGUCGGCCUUCUCUGCUUCGGCGUCGCUCUCAUCGACACGGCCAUCCUGCCAACGAUGGGAUACCUCGUCGACAUCCGUCACACGUCCGUCUACGGUUCGAUAUACGCUAUCGCCGACGUCUCCUACUCGAUGGCGUACGCCAUCGGGCCGAUGAUAGCGGGAAAGAUUACCGACCUGUACGGAUUCGCAGCGUUGAACGUCGGGAUCGGGGUCGUCACGUUGCUGUACUGUCCGCUGAUCGUUCUGCUGAGAACGAUUUACGUCUACAAGCCGAUGGGAUCUGAGGAGAUGUCUGUGUUGAUGGAGGAACCCCCGGCGAAGACGUUCAAAGCGUACAUGAUGAACAACCUCGAGAUGGAACCUACCGAUAUCGACGGCGUUCACAACCACCUGGAACAGCGAGGAGGGGAAGAGGGGAGGCUUCCGGAUCCGGUGCCGCGGAACCAGCGGAAGGUGAAGCAGAUGACGGUGAGCAAUCCGAUAUUCGCAAUGGCGGACAAGGAUGGAGACACGAGAGGGAUUUUGGAAAGCGACUCCGAUUAA